CGAGGAGACUCGAGAAUAAACAAUUUCCACAGACUGCACGUUACACGCCUCAGCUCGAUCACAGUCGCAGGACAAGAAAAGCCGAGGCAUUUUUUGGACUACAAUUUUUGUCAAGCGUUUUUUCCCUGCCAAAUUGUCAAUACAGAUGCAAACGUAUUCAUUGGAUUUGCCUCGUCCUGUCGAAUAAGAGCCUGACGAUGCGCCUCUCCGGCUGCUUGUGGGGUGGACAACGCAGGUCCCCCAUAUGAGAUCUGCAAAGCUGAAAGGCGCCAUUGAAAGAACCACAGCAAGGCCUCAGGAUAGACAUCCCAAACAUCCACAGCCACGGAAUGUGUCAACAUCUUUGUGGUGAAAUCCUGCUGACUCCUUUCCUGCCUCUCAUAUAAGCCUGGAGCUGGGCCUUCUGGGGUCCUCAAGUGUUUAAAGGCAUACAACAAUGUCUGGGAAGCCCACCUGCCCCAGACUGCCUCCAAUUAUGGUUUCUGUUUCACCACAGUGCUGACUGUGCCCACGACAGACAGGGAUCACAUCUGGCCAGUGCAUCCUUCAGCCCCCUGCAGACUCACUCUGUGCAAUUGCCUGCUCUCUUUUUGGUUUUUAGGAAGUACAUGCCACUGUCAACCAGAUGACCUAGUGGACAUUUGUGCUGAACCAUACGAGGGGAUCUUAGUAUUGAACAUGACUCAUGGGGAGGAGCCUGGCCCUGAGACACACAAGGAUUCAGCUGUUCUAACUUAUCUGGAAGGUUUACUGAUGCAUCCAGUAGUGGCCGGGCCUGGGGCCACGGCAAGCGGGAGGUCUGAGGCUGCCCGCGACAACCAGGAGCAAGGUGACAAGGUGGGUGGGCCUUUCCAACUGCCCAACCAUGGUCCCACAGCUCCAAAGGCCGGAACCAACGGGCCCACAUUAGGUUCUACGCAGCACCUGAAGAAGGCUCGCCUACUGCGCUCUGAAGCCUGGAAUGAUCCAGGGAAUCAGCGGAUGAGUUCACCCCCAAUGGAGCUGAAUGGCCAAGGGGGAGGCAUGCAAAAUGGAGCACUAGAGGGAUCACCUCAUGCUGGGGAGAGCACCCUCUUGGCUUCCCUGCUUCAGUCAUUCAGCUCACGGCUUCAGAGUGUGGCAAUGUCUCAGCACUCUAAUAAACCCUCCAGUGAGUGUUCUUCUCCCUCCAAAGCACCACCUGCAGACAAAGAGUCACUUCCUGUGUAUGGGACAGCCUCAAGUCGCCUUAAGGGCCUAAUGAGGAAAAGCAAACUUCAAAAUCACACCAACACACCUUACAGUCGCCGGGGACAUAGUCAAGACAGACCCCAAGAAUCACCUCGGUCAGCACACAGUGCCACGCCUCCCUCUGCUCCUGCAACUGCUGAAUCUGUGUCCUGUGCAGAGCGUCUGAAGGCAGUGGCCAACAUGGUGAAAAUCCGUUCUAGUCCAGCACCUUCACCCAAGCCCAGUGUGGCCUGCAGUCAACUGGCCCUGCUGCUGUCCAGUGAAGCCCAUCUCCAGCAGUACUCCAGAGAGCAUGCACUCAAAGCUCAGCUGUCAGGACGAUCUGCCAGCGAGAGACUGGCUGCCAUGGCAAACCAGCAGCAUGGCCAGGACAAAAGGCCACCUAGUGUGGGAGGGACUCUGCCAGGAGCCCCAGACACACUAAGCUCCUUAACAACUCAAAAUGGAAUGACAACAACAACCACAAUGACAACAGCACUCCCUCGAACGGCCCUGUCUAGUCCACAGAGCCCCUCUUUGCUGCGUGGCCACAGCCAAAGCUCCCCACUCACUCCCCCACAUGCUCCGAACCCCAUUCACAGCCACCAACCUAGGGAGAAGCGAGGCUUUGACUCUCGGCCAACCCGUCCCCCUCAGACAUGCAGCAGCUUGCUGCUGCUGCUACUCAACAACCAGAAGCAGCUGACCAAGAAUGGGCACCUGGAGGACAGCUGUGGCAUUCUGCCGCCAAGUGGCUCCUCUUCAGUCACAUCGGACAGCGAGUGCUCCAUCCAGGAGAGGAGCCUGACCAAGGACAGCAGUGAUGCAGAGAGUUCCUACUCAAGUUGCUCUCCCAUUGACCUCUCCAUGAGAAGCCGGGCAAGCACACAAGACACAGGGCCCAAAACUACCACCACCUCUUCCUCCUUCUCCUCUUCUGCCUCUACCCUCUCUUCUUCCACCACAGUGUUUUCCUCCACCCCAGUUGCAUUUUCUCCUCAAAUUUCAACUCAACCUUCCACCACAACCUUUUCACCAUCCUCUACUGUUGUGUCCUCUGUUUCCACUGCUAUUUCUACAACUUCUUCGUCUUCCGUCUCUACCUCCUCCUUGGACAAAUUAACUGAAUCAUUAAUAAACAAGUGGAAGCCAGAGCCAUCAGGAUCAAAGGUGUGCAAGAACAAGGAGCCUGAAAUGAGCCCAGACCUAAAAUUACACUCUAAGGUCACACUUAUGCAGCUUCUCCUUGAGCGCAGAAAUAAUGAGAUUGUCAAUAAAAGUGUAGGUAACCAGGAUUUGCCACUUGAUAUAACUAUGGCCACCAUGUCUCGAGACCAACCAAAGGGACUCGCGCCAUGGGAGGAGUCCAGGACAAAGAGCCCAAUAGAUAGACCUGUAGCCCCAGCCCAGCCCCUCUAUUCACAUAGCCAUGACCCUAGUGGCGCACUAUCCCCAUACUCCUACCCCUCCCCACACGUCCAGUCCAGCCCAUUGGAUUUGUGUAAGUCUAAAGCCUUCCCUGCUGAGAAGGCUUCAGAGCCUGCCUUCAGUGCCAGUAAAUUGUUGCAAAAUCUGGCUCAGUGUGGCACAGUUUCAUCCUCCCCACCCAUCCCCUCAAGCAAAGGGCUGGGUCAGGAGCUUGAUACCAGCAGGCCCAUUGCCCUAUUGGAAAGGCUCAAUGCUCCAAUCCAAAGGACCACCACCACUCCACUCUCCAAUGGCCCUUCUGGCAGUGGCACACCUUUCAGUCAGAAGGAAGCUUCUCCCUCUUCAUCACAGAUUGAGAAUCUUCUUGAGAGGCGCACUGUGCUUCAGCUCCUUCUAGGAACAGGCUCUGCGACUGUCACAGUCAGCUGCAAAGAUAGGCCCAGUGGCAGUGGCAGGAGGAGUAUAGAGGUUGCAGGGGGGUGCUAUGAGAAGAGCCCCACUGCCUCCAUCAUCUGUGACAGCUCCAAUGGGACACCUUUGGAUGUUAAGGUCAAAACUGAGCUCAUGGAGGAGGUAGGACCGUCCGUGGCCAUGCCUGAGGACUCAAGUGGCAGAAAGAGACGGAGUAGCUAUGAGAAGAACACCCCCCUCUCAGAUUCGCAGCAGGACGUAAAAACAGAGCCUGGGCCUGCAGAGGUCAUAGCAAAAUAUGGCCUCCUCAGCCAGCUGCUUAAACAACAGACUGCUACCUACUAUACCAGUUCUGCUACACAGGCGGAGUCACAGCCCAGACAGGUUAAAGAGGAACAGAGGGAGUAUCCAAGCCCGAGUCCCAAGAAGAGACGACUCUGCUGUGAUGGGACUGAUGGGGUGAAUAACACCAGCUCUCCAAGAGCAGUGGAGAGUGGUGACAUGGACAUUUUCGCAUCUUCAGCUGUUCAGGAAGAGCCUGACAAACAGAUGAGUGUAAAGGUAGAGGAGGCCCCACCAAAGAGCCCACCAAGUGAAACCCUCACCAGAGAGAGUCGGGGAUUUAAUGUGCUCAAACAACUGCUGCUCUCAGACAACUGCCUGAAGGAGCUGUCCCAACAGCCCCGGGGAACGCCCAGUCCCUCUGUCCUUCAGACCAAUGGCAAGGCCAAUGGCAGCAUUCUCAGUCAACCUGCCCAUAAUCACAACUUCCUCCACUUGCCUGGUUGGCAUCCCCAUGGUUCCCUCAACUCAGGGCUUCCGAGUAAUCUCAGACCACAGCCUACCCCUCCUGCUUGUGACAACCCUAUCCGCACCCCCUGGAGCCGCCACCCAGCUCCAUGGCCAGUUACUCAAAAACGGGAACCCCCUACUCUGGUCAAACAGGAGCCCGAGAGCCCUGUAAGAUGGAGUAGUCAGGAAAAUGAGGAGGAGGAGGGUUGUGACUCAAAUCUGGACUCUCCACGGCUCUCGCGCUCCAACCCCAUCUUGUAUUACAUGUUGCAGAAGGGCAGCAUUCAGCUGAGAAAGGAAGUAAGGGAUCAGGCAGAGGGAACCCAGUCUGUGGUCAGAGUUAAAGAAGAGCCAGUCAGUGACAUGCAUGCUUAUGAACACAGUUUGAGCUCCAUCCCGCAGUCCCCAACCCACAGUGACAAGCACAGCCAUGAGAGCCAGAGGCUGAGCCAAUCAUAUGAGUAGAAGUUGUAUCAACUAAAAAAAAACAAAAAAUGCAAAGCAGGACUGAAUCCAUAUUUUUUCCCUUUUUUAAUGACUUGCCAAAUUGGUUUGAUGGGACAAAUAACAAAGAAAUGUUUUUUUUUGUUUUGGUUGUUUGUGAAAUGGAGCCAGUUCAAAUUCAAAUGCAUACUUCCUGCAUACUCUCAAUUUUAAAUAGUGAGUUCAUAGAAUGGUACGGAUCAGGUCUAUCUUAGCAAAAUGUCGAAUUGACUCAACCAAAACUACUUAUCUUGUCACAAAUAUAACCUUUCCCAUGAGUGAUUAUCAUUCACUACAUGUUUUAUUUUGUCAAUAAUGAAGUCUGUAACAGUUUGGUGUUGUUUUACAUAUAUUAUUUGUAUCUGAAUUGUACCAGUAUCACUAUUCCAUGUUCCCUUUGUUUCCUGCCAUAAAACAUUUAGAAAGAACCUUUCAGGCAACAUUCAUUAUUGAUGACUCCAAAAAUGUUAGCGCUCAGUUCAGUGGACAUUUAUUUAUUUUCUCCAUCAGAACAUUUUCAGAUAGACAGUCCCAUCAAUUUUAGAUAAGAUUCCAAAUAAAGUCAUUCUAGAGCGGACACAGCAGUCUAUUACAACAAUGUACAUGAUAAAUUCAUCCAGAAGAGGACCCUGAAAAAUACAUUCACACUUCAAUAGGUUCAGUGAGGAUCUUACCAUGAUGAAUGCUUUGUCUUGCUUUUCCUCAAGAUUCGCAGUGUGGUAUAAUUAAGAAUUGAGAAAGAAUAUAUCAUUGAAGGUUUGAAUAGUCACAGUUCAUUUAAUAAUUAUUUUAUUUGAAUUGAACUUUUAAGGGCAAUAUUCGACAGUGCAAAUUCAUGGUGGUGUGUUUGCAGAUUGUGCAGUUUUGAGCAGAUGGGUCAACAGAGCAUGUGUGGUGCUUACAGUUGAGUAACUUUGUGUAAAAAGGUUUCUAGAGCAACAGUUAAAAGGCUGUAGUGUCUGAGAAACUUAUCUUACCAUCCUGGGUAAACUCACACCUCUUUUCUUCAUAUACACAAACACUUCAAGUGUGAAGCACAUGCCUUUUUCUUUUCAUUUCAUAUAAAGGACCACCUAGAGUUUGCACUAUCAAAGCUGAGUCCUCGGUUACCUUUUCAGAAUAAUUGAAUGGCAUGUAUUAAAAAAAAGUCAGUGUUGUUAUCUGUUGAGAAUUUGACAGUUUGUGAUUUUUUAAAAAUCAUUUCUUAACUGUUGUGGCUUAUGGACAGCUUUCAUUCAUGUUUGUGGCAGUCUCUUAACUCAUAAAAUGUCAAAAGAAUUGCAUGAUAAUUAAGAGAAGACCACAGGUACAUUUUUGUUUUCAGAGCAGCUGGAUAAGUGUAACUGCCCCCCAAUAAUCACCAAGACAUUUUGGUGUCUUGAGGGAUAACUGGUAUCUAGCUCUUUAUUUUGAUUGUACCGUAUUCUUUUCAGUUAAUGUCACACACUGCUUUAUCCAUUUAGUCUUGUGAUCUUUUUAAUACAUUUACCUAUGAAAUAUGUCUCUUGGGUUAUUAAUACAUUUUCACAAUGGUUAAAUAUAUUUGUGUAAAUAGUACUUUCAGUAUGAAAGAUAACUAUUUUGUAAUGUUUAAGAAAAUAUAUUACCCUAGUUUUUAAUGCCCCGAUAUGUAAAUAUGAAUAUAUGCUUAAAAGUGUACAUACAAAGGCAGAGGAUGCUAUGCCCAUCUUUUUUUGGUUGGUUUGUUCUUUGCAUGUGUCUCUGUGUGGUAAAUGAUAAUCUAUCCUGCGCUGUGUUGUGUAAUAAUGUCUGAUUCUCCUCACUGCUGCCUGUUGCAUGCAGACGCAUGGGAACUACCUGUGUAUCCCUACUGGUGAUGGGGGAAAAUGUCAAGUCUUAAAAUAGGUCUUUUUUUUAUCACAGAGAGAUUUAGAAUAUGAACAGUCCCUAAAUAACCACAGACUGUUGAGCAAGUUGAUUAAAAUGUGUGAAAAAUAAACGUGCAUUAAUUGUUUUUGUGAUUUUCUUUUCUGUUACUGUUUAACAAAGCUCUGUGAAAGAGCUGGGGGCUAUAGUGGGGGAUUGACGUACAAUCAUAGAUCUGAAUUGUGCAUCUGAGAAAUACAUUUGUAGCAGCAAAGAUUAAAAAAAAAGAUGGUUCAUUUUUUCAUGUGAAGACCUGAAACAUUAUUUCAUUUUUUUAUGUUUUCAU